AUGAACGAUUUGCAAAUUAAUGAUUCUCUAAUAAUUGAGAAUUGUCAGAAUGACACCCCUGACUAUGUACCUAUCUAUGCUACUACGACUAUAUAUUCAAUUGGAAAUAAUUUACAGGCACGCAACAAUUCAGGUAGGGAAUUAGAUUUUCGCCAAUUGACAACUGUGACUGGAGAUAUCUCCAUUUACAAAAACACGGAUUGCACAUUCAACUUUAACCAACUUUCGGAUGUUGCAACAUUAUCCUUAGUCGACAAUGUUAAUACCACCAUACCUUGGUUUCCCUGGCUACAGAGAGCUAGCAAUAUUUACAUCCGAGGGUAUAUUGAUACUUCUCCCGGCCCUAACAUCUUCCCAGUUUUGACAGCAGUGUCGGGAAACGUCACUAUAGAAGCGUGGAACGACGACUUCAACUGUUCAAAGUUGGUAGACCAAUAUCAAAACAAUAUCAUCCACUACCUGGCAUGUAAUGGGACUAACAACGGAACUGGAUCUAAUACGGACAAUGCUUCGCCAGAGUUGUCUCAAGGAACAUGGGCUGGCAUCGGAGUAGGCAUAGGAGUAUUUGUCAUAGGCACUGUCUUCGGCCUGGUCUUGCUUCUUCUACGUCUCAAACGUUGGAAAAAGGAUCUCAUUGAAAGAAUAAGGCAACAAGAGGCCCAGCAAGAACAUCGCAGGGACAGCUUAGAGAUGGACCAAGAACCGCCGAAUCUAAACCUCCUAUUGGAAAGUGACGGUACUGGUAUUAUCCGGGAAAAGCCCGACGACCACCUUCGCGAGGCUGGUGAUACCGCGAUCAUUGCUGAGCAUCCAGAUGAUCACAUACGCGAACUACCAGUACCACCAGCAGAGCUGGAAGGGAUGCCAGACACGGAGAGGAGGACAUGA